GAUCCCCUUCACGGUUUAAGAUCUUUUCUGCCAAUCAGAAAUGUCUGAGUAAUCCUUUCAAAUUCAUUCACGUCUUUUGAGAUUCCGUCUCCAUUCUUCCCAUUUUGGUAAGCGCCGAUUCAGCGUGUUCCCUUAGCUCCGACAAAUUAAUUCUUCGACUGCGGACUGCCAUUUGUUGCGAAAUCCUUGACGUCGUCGAUGGGAAUCUGAAGCUACCGCGACUUCGCCCUCCGCUGCCGCACCCACCCCCUCUAUCCACUGCCUCAUUGCCCCGCGGUGAGACCAUGAUAAGGUAGUCGGCAUUCGGUAGACUCACCUCCAUUCUCUAUUCUUUCCAAUAUCGCAGCCAUGUCGCGCACAACGAGUCAAGCGUACCGGCACAUGAGGUCUGCCCUGGCCCUGUGGCCCAAGGACAACCUCCGCCCCGAGACCCAGUUUACCGAGAUCAUCCAAAGAGGAAUCGAGAGGAGGUACACCAAGCCCAAUGUCGUCGACGAGGCCAAGGAGCUGAAGCAGGCGAAUGCCCUCUAUGCACUCGCCGACGACCGCUUCAAGAAGAGGUUCCCCCUGAACGGCGAACUCUUGAAGCCCGAAAGCCAGCCGACAUAUUUCCAAGACCUGUUGAGAGAGCUCGAGGAGGCCCCGACACGAGGUUGGCUACAAAACAUGUCCAAGAAGCUCUCCGGCAUGUUCAGACUUCAAUGAUGACCAUACAAGGAACAGCACAAACAAAUACCACAUACACGAAACACCACCAAGGAUGGCAUUUCAUCAGCGAAAGGGAAGCCAUUAUGAUAGCAUGGGCAUGCGUAAUUGUCUAGGCCAUAUGUACGAUA